AUGGAUAAGGCAUCAGCCUCCGGAGCUGGGGAUUGUGGGUUCGAGUCCCAUCUGGGUCGUUCCUCGUUUUUGCGGCGAGGCUUUCAAAAUUCACAAAGCGCUUGCAAGCAGUUCGGCGAAUGGAUUUCUGAGCCGCUGUUGCUGCACGCUUUUGCAAAGCAGUCGCGCCGUUCCCUGCUGGACGCGGGCGCAGAGGUCUGUGGGCCGAAGCUGCGGAACCUGGAGGGAGUGACUGAUUCCCUGUUUCCCCUAAGGAUGCCUCUCAUUAGCAUGAGGGGGAAGGGCCAAAAGAGAGAGAGAGAGGGAGAGAAAGGAAAAGAGAGAGAGACAGAGAGAGAGAGACACUCUGGCUCCCUUGGAGUUUGGAAAAAGAUUUCCUUCACAAUGACAUCCCCAGGUCUUUGGCUCCUGGGCUUCGCGUUGGGCUUCCCCUUCAGCUCUGGGGCAGGUCCCCUGCCAUAUGCUGGAAAGUCCAUCCAGCCGUUCAGCAAAGACAUGUAUGGGUCCAUCGGCUCCACACCAAGCCAGAGUAAGUCUCCACUAAGAAGCGGCAACACCGAGGUCCAGACGCUGCCUCCAGAAGACCUGGGAAAAGGGAAAGCUGAACAGACGCACCUGCUGUCACGGGACAAGAAGAAAAAGGUCAAAUAUUCAGUAGAGAACCACACAGGUUUAAGGAAAGAGCCCAUUCAGGAUGCCAAGGGCUUCCCUUCCGAGAGCCGCCAGGAGAGCAUUCUCCCCACCAUUAACUUCAGUCAAACAAACCGAAUGCACACGGAUAGGCUGCAGCUGAAAGCAGCCAACAGCAUCUCUGCCUACUUCCGGCCCCCUGCCUAUUCCCAUCGCCAGGGUAGAUUGCUGGCGGAAGCUCACCCUUUCAAGAACGUAGGGUCAAGCCCCGGGCAACGUUCUGGAAGUUUGGAUCGCCUCCAUCGGCCUGGCAAGAUCAAUCCCUAUGACAAGCCCAGCCGUUCGUUCGGAAAUGCCACCGAUCCCUCCUGGCUCACAAACAGACAGGCGUCAAGCUUGGCACAUCACGACAGUGUCUCAAAGAACGAUGCUGACAAUACAGAGGUGUGCCUGACAGACUGCAGGAGGGAACGCGAAGAGGUGGAGGCGUUCUGCAGCAGCGAAUUCGUGGUGAAUGGGAUUGUUCAUGAUGUCAUCAUGGUUCAUAAAGGAACGAGUUUGGUGACACUGUUGGUGAGCAGCAAUGGACUGUACAAGAUAAAUCGCCUGUACUUCACCCCUGAUGGCUUCUUCUUACGAGUUCAUAUGAUGGUUGUGGAUACCUUGAACUGCAGUAAACCCUGUCCGGACUUUAAACUUGGAAGCAGAUACAUAACGAUGGGUCAGAUCUACCACAGGAGAAGACAGCUGCCGGCAGUUCUGCAAGAGCAUGUCAGAGGGCACCUGAGGCCAGGAGAUGGGCUGCUUUGGAGGGGCAACAGCUACAUGAAAAGGUUCAACAGAAGGCGGCAUCAGAAAGUUCAACAGGCAGCUUACACCAAAUGUGGGUGAGGAUGUACAGCUCCUCUGGGACUGAAGCAGGUUUGCAGCUGUUACUAGAAGAAGCCACGGCUUUUC